GAUUUGUCUUUUAGCGGGGUCAUCGUCAUGUGAGGCGCCACUGUAACUCGUCUUAACCACUUGCAGACUGUAGUCUGAACCCAUGGUUUGUUGUUGGUUUAAAUAACUAGCUUGUAAACUAUGGAUUGUCAUGAUUUCUGAACGUACAACAAGACUUGUUGCUGGCUUAUUACCCAUCUGCCUUCUUUGAAAUAGAGACUGACACAAGAAUUGAGAGAGAAACAAACUAGAAGCAAGAUAGAAAUGGGAAGGAAAAAUCAUGAUUUGUUGAUCACAUGCUAUGCAAUUUAUAUUUAAGCAACAAACCACAGUUAAUGUAACUUGUGGCUUUUGAUAUGCAAAUAUACCAGUAUGUGAAUUGUUGGAAGUAACUGAAGUCACAAGACGUAAAAAUGAACACAGGAAAGAACAGGGUUUUUAAUUAUUGGUUAUCAACAGAAAAGGGACUAUUCUUAUUUGUAGUACUGUAUAGCUAUUCAUAAUUGUUUUUGUUUUCUGAAUUCUAAAAAUACACUCUUCGGAGUGUAUUCAUGAUUCCCAAGUAUUGCUCUGAUUCUAUUGCAAUAUUUGUAAUUCUGAGAGGUGUAUAAGUUGAAAGGGUGGAAGAAUAUGUAGGUUGGGAUCCUGUUUCUUUAGCUGUACAGUAUGUUUAAAACAGGGUGCGUGCAUGCAGUUCCUUUUUCAUGCCAUUUGCUUAAGUGUGUAUUCAUAUCCCAGUUAUAUCAAUGAAAGUUCCCAUUACUUUGAGAAGGACAGUCUGCAGCUCAUGACAGUGUGAGCUGAAAAUCACAAGGAGUGGAUCCUUUGCAGAGAUUUUACACUCCAAAGAUGUGAAUAGGAUUCUACUCAUUAUAGUGAUCCCCUCUUUAGGACUUAGAAUGUGGUACAGUCUGUGGAAAACUGGGAUGGAAUAUUAAUAUGUUUUGGUCCUCCUCGACUAGAUUCCAGUGUUCAUGACUUGUGAAAUAUGAUUUGUGUGCCAUGAGCCAGUAACACUGUCAGUCAUUUGUUUUAGGUGUAUGCUAAGUUGACUUAUCUCACUGUCUCAUCAGAACAGAGCAAGUUUUCACAAACAUUGAAUGGAACACCUGCUUCAAGUACAGCCAGUGGUGGGAUGGAUCCUUUCCAUGCCUGCAGCAUUCUCCAGCAGCUCAAAAUGAUGUAUGAUGAAGGACAGCUGACAGAUAUUGUGGUAGAAGUGGAUCAUGGGAAAACCUUUUCCUGUCAUCGGAACGUUCUUGCUGCAAUCAGCCCUUACUUCAGAUCAAUGUUCACUAGUGGCCUUACUGAGAGUACCCAAAAGGAAGUUCGGAUUGUAGGUGUUGAAGCAGAGUCCAUGCAGUUAGUACUGAACUAUGCAUAUACCUCCAGAGUAACAUUGACAGAGGCCAAUGUCCAAGCUUUGUUCACUGCAGCUAGUAUCUUCCAGAUCCCUUUUAUCCAGGACCAGUGUGCUAAAUACAUGAUCAAUUAUUUGGACCCACAGAAUUCAAUUGGAGUGUUUAUCUUUGCUGAUCACUAUGAGCAUCAGGAAUUGAAAGUCACAUCACAAGAUUACAUUCGUAAAAAAUUCUUGAGUGUCACCAAAGAGCAAGAGUUUCUCCAGCUGAAGAAAGACCAACUCAUAAGCAUACUAGACAGCAAUGACUUAAAUGUUGAUAAGGAAGAGCACGUUUAUGAAAGCAUUAUAAGAUGGUAUGAACAUGAACCCAAGAAAAGAGAAGUCCACUUGCCGGAAAUUUUUGCCAAAUGCAUCCGCAUGCCACUGUUGGAUGAAGCAUUUAUAGAGCAAAUUCCUCCAAUGUUUGCACAGGCUAUAGCCCAAAACUGUGUACCGAAAGGACAAAGUAGUGCCAAUGGCUAUACCCAGCGUCUUGGAAUGACUGCUUCAGAAAUGAUAAUUUGCUUUGAUGCUGCCCAUAAACACUCAGGAAAGAAGCAAACAGUGCCUUGUUUAGAUUCUGUCACAGGGAGAGUCUUCAAACUAUGCAAACCACCCAAUGAUUUGAGAGAAGUGGGAAUUCUUGUCUCACCAGAUAAUGACAUAUAUAUUGCUGGAGGGUACAGACCAAGCAGCAGUGAGGUCUCCAUUGAUCACAGAGCAGAAAGUGACUUCUGGAUGUAUGAUCAUUCAGGCAAUAGAUGGAUUGCUAAGACUCCACUGCUUCGUGCCAGGAUAGGUUGCAAACUGGUUCACUGCUGUGGAAAACUGUAUGCAAUAGGUGGUAGGGUUUAUGAAGGAGAUGGGCGCAACUCACUGAAGUCUGUGGAGUGUUACGAUAGCCGAGAGAACUGUUGGACAGCUGUCUGUCCAAUGCCUGUAGCAAUGGAGUUUCAUAAUGCUGUGGAAUAUAAAGAAAAUAUCUAUGUUUUACAGGGAGAAUUUUUCCUCUGCUAUGAUCCUCGAAAAGAUUACUGGGGUUUCUUAACUCCCAUGACUGUGCCUAGGAUCCAGGGUUUGGCAGCUGUCUAUAACAACUCCAUCUACUACAUUGCUGGAACCUGUGGGAACCAUCAACGUAUGUUUACCGUAGAGGCCUAUGACAUUGAAUUGAACAAGUGGACUCAAAAGAGAGAUUUCCCAUGUGACCAGUCCAUUAAUCCAUACAUUAAACUUGUUAUCCUCAAAAAUAAACUUCAUUUGUUUGUCCGAGCUACUCAAGUCACUGUUGAAGAACAUGUCUUCAGAACCAGCAGGAAGAAUUCUCUUUAUCAGUAUGAUGAAGAUACUGACCAGUGGCAGAAGGUGUAUGAGACCCCAGAUAAGCUCUGGGAUCUUGGACGUCAUUUUGAAUGUGCUGUUGCUAAAUUGUAUCCACAGUGUCUUCAGAAAGUUAUUUGACUCCCCCCCCCCUUUCAUCGGUAAAAGGCCUUAGUGACUUUGGUAUUUAAUGCUAACAUAAAAAUCUGUUUUUUU